AUGAACUCAACGAAUGCAGUUUAUGGCGCAUCGUGCAAUUCUUCUCAUUCGCCUGCCCAGAAUGAAAAGAAAGUACUAUGUACGGAUAUUUCUGCACAGCCAUGCUCUACUGCGUCACCCGAUAAGGUAUCUGUCUUAUCGGAAGAUGAAUUGGAAAAUGUCCGACCUCAAAGUUCUCUACACAAGCCAUCAGAUAUUGAAGAUGUCUAUCUUCCUAAGAAGUAUACGCCCCCAAAACACAGAAGAUCCUGGAGAUUACUCCGAAAAUCUUUAUGUCCAGUGUCCCAUGAUGAACAAACACUACCACCUAGAAGAUGUCGUCGAAAUUCUGGGAUAUACUCGCAAACUCGAGUAAGUGCGUCUGCUACGUUGAAUAAGUUACUUAUUUAUUUUCAUUCCUUCACGUUCCCAGUGGAACAUAGAGCUUCAAGCUAGAGACUUGAAUUUUCUGUAGAAAUGUUUAUUUUAACUGGAUGGGGUUUCUAUCGUCUCGCUCAACCUUUUUCUCUUAAUCAGCUUCAUUUCUGGUUUACCGAGGUUUAGGAGUGCGUUGGCCGGCAAUCGUAACUGUGUUGACAUCCGUGGUCGAGGGAAUUCUACCGCUGCACCAUGAACUCAGUAUGUUCAUAUAAUCACUGUUAAAUAAUCUUUGUUCCACAUACUUUUUCAAUAUAGACUUUCCAAAUUGAAACGUCAUGAAGACAAGGUGUAUAUAUAAUGUAUUCACCGUAUUGGAUAUUGAUACCAUAUCACUUUAUUGGUCUUGUUUUGCAUUCGAAUGUAGUCUGCGUUAGCAUUGUUGACAGUUGGCUGAUGUAGCUGUUAGCUAUAUCAGACUAUUACGGAUAUUCGUCACGUCUUCUGUAUGCGAAUUGUUCAGUGCUUCUGUUUAAAGAUUUCAAAACUGGUAGUCUGUUGAACAAUAAAUCAAAAUAGUGAAAGUAACACAGGACAGGAUAUAUAAAAACCUGGACCGCGGUGUUGCCAUUUUAACGUAUGCUUUGUGCUUGAUUGCAUAGAUGAAUCACAUAUAUGAGUUCUCAUAUAUUUAAAUAUCCUACUUCAAGAUAGUUAUUCCAUUCGUCAACCGUUUCUAGCUUUCGCGAAAUUCUUCACUUCUGUCCACUUUGAGUACCCAGUCGCCUUGUGUGAAAACCAAGCAUUUUGAUUUAGUUGUCAUUUAUAUAAACAGCCCCUUUCUCUCCGUCUCUCCUUGUUCAUAAAACAUACAAAUCUACAGUGCAAGUUUAAGCUGGUUUUCCGUUAAUCUUUCUGACAAUUCGAGCACAUACCCAUUUGAAUUACAUUGUCAUGCUUUAAGAUAUGCUCGGCAUGUACGUCUUGUAGCUUGAAUUUUGUUGAUACAUCGUAUUGUAUUUCAAAAGCCACUAUUUUCUUCAUAAUUUCUUGGUCCUCAAAUUAAUAGAACGUACAAACUGAAUAGCUAUUAGCUAGGUACAUGGGACUAUGCUUUACAUUGCUAGUAUCUUCAACCAUGUGUAAUAUAUGGUACUAAUCCACAUUUGAAUUAAUAUUCUUUUUUUGUAGACGAAUGCAGUUUAUGGCGCAUCGUGCAAUUCUUCUCAUUCGCCUGCCCAGAAUGAAAAGAAAGUACUAUGUACGGAUAUUUCUGCACAGCCAUGCUCUACUGCGUCACCCGAUAAGGUAUCUGUCUUAUCGGAAGAUGAAUUGGAAAAUGUCCGACCUCAAAGUUCUCUACACAUACCAUCAGAUAUUGAAGAUGUCUAUCUUCCUAAGAAGUAUACGCCCCCAAAACACAGAGGUUUACCAACCAUUUUCGAAAAUACUGUUAAGGAAAACCAACGCUGCCACAGGUUAAGCAGAAACACUGAUCGUUACCCCUUACGAAGGCAGAUAUUUACCGGACAAUCACUCGAAGAAGCAUGCAUUCCCACAGCUCCCGGCGUCGCCCCUCUGGAUCAAGAUCUUUUUUUAUCAACAAAACGCAAACGUAUCGCGAGGCGCCGGAGCCUUGCCAAGAAGUUAGGAAAUAAACGUAUCACCAUAUCCAGAGAAACAGAAAAUAGGUUCAGCGAAUUCAUUUUAAAAUCAGCUUUAAAUUCUUCUCACAGUAGUUCAACUUCUGAUUGAGUGAGGAAAAUUUUCGUAGACGCCUCUCUGUAAAAGUCUAUUCCCCUCCCUACUGCGUCUUUCAAUAAAAUAUAACAUUGUAUAGGGUUUUUAAAAUGUAUUUUUACCGCUUCACUCUUGAACGUCUAUGGCAUUUUACUGUCUGUGGAAAGAUUGUAUAUUUAUAUACCAUUAACUCUAAUUGUUUUUACUUUCUAUUGUACAAUAAACAUUAAAUUGAUACGGCAAGCUAAACCUUAUUUUAACCGAAAUAUUUGCUUCUCACUUUUGCCGUUUAGAGCUAUGGCUAAUUGAUUAAGGUGCUUGGCUUUCAGUCACUGGUUUAUGAACUCGAACCAAAGCAACUGAGAUGGUUAGGACAUGUGCUACGUAUGCGUAGUCAUCGCCUUCCUCGACGGGCAAUGUUAGAUGAUAUAGGGUCAGGCUGGAAAAGAGCUAGUGGCGGUCAAACCAAAACAUGGCACCAAUCAAUGAAAUCCACAACAGUCAAUCUAAGCCACGUAGGAAGAUGUAGACUUCCUGGUUGGGGCCCUCGGGAUGGUAAAAACCAAUGGUUGGAAACAAUUGGUGACAUGGCUCAAAAUCGUUCUCAGUGGCGCAGAUGCAUCCACUCCUUGUGACUUAUGAUUUCCAAUUAAACUUUUGUUCUCCGUUAUUACUAUUCCUUUGUCUCACACCUCUGUUUACUGUCUAUAUUAUGCAUUUCUUCUACUUCCUUCUCUUGCUUUGCGUGCUACAUAGAUUGUGGCGACUUGAACUGCCGCACAUAUGUGCAAAGUCCUAUGUCGAAAACCGACCGACCG